GUUUGCUGCGCUUCAAGGCUACUGCGAGUCUAACUUUCCUACCUCUAUGCGGUCUUCGUUCCCCGGAUAUUCUUCCGCUCUUCCGCAGCGGAUGAGGCCGCUGGCGGGGCAAAGUGGGAGACAUGGCUCGGCGGAUUUUUUAUCCCCUUUAUCAGUUAGGAAAUCCUCCCACAAGAAUUUUCCGGACAGAUUACUUCUUGACACUGGUGAGGCCUGGUAUCCCACUGCCAGAAGAUACGGUUCAGUUCCGCAUCCCCAUGGACAUGACAAGAAUCGAAUUGAAAGACUACCUUGAAAAAAUAUAUAAUGUGCCAGUAGCUGCUGUUCGAACCAGGAUACAGUAUGGCUCAAACAAACAGAGGGAUGACAAAAAUAGACGAAUCAAGAAGCCAGACUACAAGGUCGCCUAUGUACAGCUGGCUGCAGGACAGACUUUCCAGUUUCCAGACUUGUUUCCAGACAAGAACAAAGCUCCUGAGGCUGGCUCUUAUGAAGAGAUCGAGAAAAAAGUUAACGAAGAGAAGCAUCAGAAGCAAAUGAAUGAUCCUAGACGUGGAGAUGUUCCUAACUGGUUUUGGCACUGAUAGAAGAUCUGCUGUUUUAGGGUUGGGUACCUUGGAGGGAUAUGAACCCUUUCAUCCAGUCUUAGUCCUUUUUUAAUGCCGUUGUAUUUGUAAGACCUUUGAAAAUAUACUUAAUCCCUA